AUGCAUGCCGAGUUCACCGAAGAGCAUAGCUGGACUGUAGUAUCCUCGUUCUUUGAACAAAAUGGACUUGUAAGGCAGCAGCAGGAUUCGUUCGAUCAAUUUGUCAAAACAAAGAUGCAGGAGGUUAUAGACGAAAGCCCGGUCAUAAUAAUCCAGUCAGCACCGACUGCAGGGAACGAGAUGCAGAAGAAAAUAAUGGUGAAGUUUGGACAGGUGUAUGUGUCCAAGCCGCCGGUUUACACGGAGUCUGAUGGAAGGACAAUUACUGUGUUUCCAAACGAGGCGAGGACAAGAGACUUGACAUAUGCAUCGCCUCUUUUUAUCGAUGUGGUUAAGGAGACUGUGUCUGAGAUGGGAGUGGUUGACAAGCACAAGUAUUCGAGGGUUCCAUUUGGAUCGCUGCCCGUGAUGCUGAGGUCAUCAUACUGUGUUUCGCAUGGACUGCAUGACAAGGACCUUAUUGAUAUUGGAGAGUGCCCGUAUGAGCAAGGAGGAUACUUCAUAGUAAAUGGGUCUGAAAAAGUGAUUGUUGCUCAGGAAAGAAUGGCAAGCAAUACGGUGUAUGUAUUUAAGAAAGCACAGCCGGCAACAUACACACACUAUGCGGAGAUAAGAUCUGUACCUGAAAAGAGUUCGAGAAAUCCAAGCACACUGUCGAUGAAGCUGUGCAAGUCUCCCGGGGUAAUAAGGAUAUCAUUGCCUCUUGUGAAGCAGGAUAUCCCACUGCUUAUUCUGUACAGGGCCCUUGGGUUUUUGUCGGACAGGGAGAUUCUUGAUCAUAUUUUGUAUGAGGAUGACGAGGAGAUGUUUGGGAUGCUCAAGGAGAGUGUUGAGGAGGCAGUUGUUAUACAGGAUCAGGGCAUGGCGCUGGACUAUAUUGGGAAAAGAUAUGCACCAAUAGGAACGCCUAAGGAAAAGAGGAUACGGCUGACAAAGGAGCUACUUGCAAAGGAGUUGCUUCCACACAUUGGGAUGCAGGAGUUCUGUGAGACGAAGAAAGCAUACUUUAUUGGGUAUGUUGUGCAAAGGCUGCUACUUGUGGCGUUGGGAAGAAGAGCAUGUGACGACAGAGACCAUUAUGGGAAGAAGAGGAUAGAUUUGAACGGGCCGCUCCUCGCAUCGCUUUUCAGGAUGCUGUUCAAGAAGGUAUGUGUUGAUACAGCAAGGCACAUGCAGAAAUGCAUUGAGAAUGGAAGGGAGUUUAACAUUGCUCUUGGGCUGAAGGCAAGUAUUAUUACACAGGGAUUCAGAUAUGCACUUGCAACUGGGAAUUGGGGAGAUCAGGCAAAGGCAAUGCAAACACGAGCAGGCGUGGCACAGGUGCUGAAUAGAUACAAUUUUGUUUCGACAAUCAGCCACCUGAGAAGGGUAAAUACUCCUAUUGAGAAGGAAGGAAAGCUGGCUGCGCCGAGGCAGCUGCAUAACACGCACUGGGGGGUGGUUUGCCCCUCAGAAACGCCAGAGGGACAGGCAUGUGGGCUUGUUAAGAACUUGUCAUUGAUGGUUUAUAUUUCUGUUGGGGUGUCUGCAGGGCUUCUUAUUGAGUUUUUGGAGGAAUGCGGAGUUGAAUCAUUGGAAGAAGUGUCGAGCUUUCAAUUUAGUGGAGCAACCAAAGUGUUUGUGAAUGGAAUGUGGGUUGGGAUCCAUUCGAAUCCAACGCAACUGGUCAGCUCGCUGAAGUUGCUUAGACGAAGCCUUGGAAUGGACAAGGAGGUAAGCAUCAUCCGGGACAUCAAAGAGAAGGAGAUCCGGAUCCAAUCUGAUGCAGGAAGGCCGUGCAGACCACUGAUGGUAGUUAAAGAUAAUAAGCUUAUGAUAACACCAGAAAUCAUCAAAAAGGUGGAGCGGGGAGUAAUGAAAUGGGACAACCUUGUGAAUGAAGGGAUGAUUGAGUUUCUAGAUGUUGAGGAGGAGGAAAUGUGCAUGAUAGCCAUGGAUGUUGAUGCACUAGAAAGAGAAUUGUCGGGAGCUUCUGAUGUUACUGUUUCAUACACGCAUUGUGAGAUCCAUCCGGCACUGAUUUUGGGAAUCUGUGCAUCUACCAUUCCAUUCCCAGAUCACAACCAGAGUCCUCGUAAUACUUACCAGAGUGCAAUGGGAAAGCAGGCGAUGGGUAUCUAUGCAACAAACUUUCUUCUGAGGAUGGACACGCUGAGCAACAUUCUAUUCUAUCCUCAGAAGCCGUUGGUUACAACACGAAGCAUGGAGUAUCUUCGAUUCAAGGAGCUGCCAUCAGGGCAGAAUGCCAUGGUUGCGAUUGCAUGCUACUCUGGAUACAAUCAGGAAGAUAGUGUGAUCAUGAAUCAAAGUGCCAUUGAUAGAGGGCUGUUUAGAAGUUUUUUCUACAGGACAUACACCGACCAGGAGGCAAUGUCUAGGCCGGGUGUCAAUGAGGAGUUUUGCAAGCCUACGCGAGGUGCAGUGUUGAGGAUGAAGAAUUUGAAUUACAACAAGCUUGAUGAUGAUGGAAUCAUCAGUCCUGGAAUGAGGGUUACUGGAGAUGAUGUGCUGAUUGGCAAGAUCACGCCGAUUCUCGAUCCUGAACGAAGUACGAAGGAAACGCCGGUGUAUGUAUACAAGGACAGUAGCACUGCCAUGAGAAGAACAGAAACAGGAAUAGUGGAUACUGUGAUUGUUACAAACAAGGAAGGAUACAAGCUUUCGAAGGUGAAGAUCAGGUCUGGAAGAAUUCCACAGAUGGGGGAUAAGUUUGCAUCUAGACACGCACAGAAGGGAACAGUUGGGAUCACGUUGAGGCAAGAAGACAUGCCUUUUACUGCAGAAGGGAUUGUUCCUGACAUAAUAAUAAACCCGCAUGCGAUUCCUAGCAGAAUGACUAUAGGGCAUUUGAUUGAGUGUCUUCUUGGAAAGGUUAGCGCGUUAGAUGGGACCGAGGGAGAUGCGACGCCAUUUAGCGGACUAACAGUGAAUGAAAUAUCUGCACGUCUGAAGAUGUAUGGCUAUCAGCAGAGGGGGUUGGAGGUGAUGUAUAAUGGAAUGACAGGGCGGAAGCUCAGAGCCCAGAUAUUUUUUGGGCCUACGUAUUAUCAGAGGCUUAAGCAUAUGGUUGAUGAUAAGAUUCAUGCAAGAGCACGAGGGCCUCUUCAAAUUCUUACUAGACAGCCUGUUGAGGGCCGAUCUAGGGAUGGAGGAUUGCGUUUUGGAGAGAUGGAGAGAGAUUGUAUAAUCUCGCAUGGGGCAUCUGCGUUUUUAAAGGAAAGGCUUAUGGAUGUCAGCGAUGCCUAUUCAUGCUAUGUAUGCGACGUGUGCGGGCUUCUUGCAAUGGGAGGAAACAAAACAAAUGAAUGCAAAGGCUGCAGCAACACAACCGACAUAAGCAUGGUCGAGAUUCCGUAUGCAUUCAAGCUUCUUCUUCAAGAGCUUAUGGCAAUGAACAUUGCGCCCAGGAUCCACUUUGACAAAUAA